AGCAUUUCCUUCGAGGGAGGGAACGUAGAAUUAAGAUUGCUCAAUUACUAUAUGCUGUGUUUGUGACCGGAGUGUGUACUGCUGGUGGCACGACUGAUCAACUAGUUCGCGUUUUACCAACGUCUGUUUGUUCUUUUUGAGGAUAAAGGUUUAAUCAGAUAGAUGUUUAUUGCGUAAAUCAACAAAACUCAAAACCUGCCUACUUUAAUUUAUUGCCGAGGAACGAGUAUUGAACCUUUCGCUGACAGCUGGUCUGAAGUUUCCCAGAGUCUGUUGACAAGUUGAAGCUCACACUUUUACCGAGGUUACGUCUUGCAGACACAUCCUUCUGACACCAACCUGACGCAGAUUGGAGAUGCGAUCACUGUAGCUUGAGAGAGUUCGUCACUGAAUAAUGUUUCAAGUGUGUCUUUGAAAGCCUGGAAGAUGGAUGAUUUGACGGCCUCAGCGCCCCACCUUCCGAAACACAUCCUGGAGAUUUGGGCCAUUGUCCUGGUCAUUCUGGCAACCGUCAUCGUAAUGACGUCUCUCUUGGUUUGCCCAGCGGUGUCUGUCAUAAUCUACAGGGUACGGACUGGCCUAACCAGGAAUGAGAUUGUGUGACACGCCACAGCAUGAGGACUGCUCCACUAAAGAGGGGGGUUGGGUGAUAACACAGUAUAACGCAUCAGAGCUGAUCCGCUGAAUCCAGAAGGUUGUGUGACGUCACAUCCCUCUGAGUGGACUCUCCCAAUCACCACAUUGCGAACUGGGACUGGUUAAUCCAAGGCAUUGAAUCUAGCCUAGUCGUUUAUUUGAUUUUGUUAUAUUCCCAAUGUGUACAAGAUGCUGUCCUGGACUGAGAUGUGAUAUAACACAAUGCAAGGACCAAUUCAACCUGGAUCCAGACUUGAACAGAACAUGCGUUACACUUCCUUGCCUAAUCUACAGUACCGUAGACAGAGAAGCGAUUGAUCCAGACCCAGGGGACAGUAUUGAACAGUAUAAGAAUAAAGUAUUGAAUGACAGACACACACUGGCAAAAAUAAACAUAGCUGAAGGACUUAUAAAUCAUAACCCAUAAAGCUGUGAAUUAAUAUAAAAUGUGUAUUUAAUGACGGAAUCCCAUUUGCAAUAAGCAGCAGCAGCUGCCCUAUUUAUUCUUUACAAUCCAGUCUUUUCCCAGGUCAAGCCCACUAACAUGUAUUUAGCUGACAGUGUAAGUGAGUAAGCUUGUUUGGUCUUAUGGAUCGGUAAAAGACUAUUAAGCUCUGUCCUGGGUUGGGGCAAUGCUCAUUACAUCCCGAUUGUGCCUGGCAUUACCUGCAAAAUUUAAUUUUGAAUUCAUGUGGUGAUUUUGGCCAUAAUUAUCCCCAUUGCAAUGUAUAAUAAUCGCUUUGGCUUCAUAAUAAAGGGCUAAAAAGA